AUGAAUGAGGCUGCACCAUCGCACAAGACUCUAUAUCGUUGGGAGAAACGUCAAUCAGCGCUCGAUAAACCGUCGAAACCAACAAAAAAUGAUGAUAUUACCACUUGGUUACGGCAAGUAGAACAUGCAUCAUCCACUGCUGUUGAAAGUGUUUUCCCCCGUUCAUCGGGCCGACAAACAGGAAAAGCACUUGUCAAUCAAGCAACUGUCUACGCUAAAGCAACUGAUAAUACCUAUACAGAAGCACGAGAAAUUCUUGAUGAAUGGCUUAAUGAAAAGCUUCGUCUAGAAGCCGGUCUCGAUGAUAGUGAAGAUGAACAUAUAGCCGAAACGAACGUUCGAUCUGUCAAACAAGCUUGUAAUCUCAGUUUCGAUGACGACGAUCAACAACUCGAAUUCCUACGUGAACCAAAAGAUCUACUGACAUAUAAAGAUCCAAGUCUUUAUUAUGAAACUCACGAUGAAAGUGAUCUAGUCAAAGAUAUUCUUCACGAUUUACGAAGCAAAGAAGUAUUAACUCGACAACAAUUGAAUGCAAUUGAACAGACAAAACCAACGACAGUUGAUAUUCAAACGAAAAUUGAAGAACGACAUCGACAGGUCUCAGAAAUCUUAUGUUCGUUUUGUAUCGAGUACCGUUGUUUUCUCCAGGUAAAAGAAAAUCAUGAGAAAAUGCAGCGAGAACGCGAAGCAAAACGAAAACAAGCUCAAGCGAAGAAAGAAGCUGAAGCACAAGCUCGUCUCGUUGUUUUGAAAGAAGAACGUGAACGAGCUUUGAAAGCAAAGCAAGAGGAAGAAAUGAUCGAACGGCAUGUUGUUGAAAUUCGACGAGAAAUGAACGAAAAACGUUUACAAGAAGAAGACCAACGAAAACAUCAACGAGAGUAUGAACAAGCAAGAUAUGAAAGAACAAAAGCAGAACAAGAACGAACUCGUAAAGAGGAAGAAUUACACAAACUGAAAGAGAUCGCUCUUAAAGAACAAAAUGAACUAAGAGAAAAACGAUUACAAACACUAGUUGAUGAUUUCAUUCGAAUGAAAUCUCUGACAAUUCUACAAAAACAUUUUUCUGCAUGGUUGCACGUUGUAUCGGAGCGACGCUUACAAAUGGGUCGGGCAGCAGCGCUGGCUGAUUGGAAAUUGUUGUUCCAAUCAUUUAAUUAUUGGCGAAGUACAGUACGGACGAAAAAACUCGAAGAAGAAACUGAAGUACAUAUGACUGAAAUGAAAGUCUUGUCAAUGAAAAUGCAACAAGCAAAUUUACAUUACGAACGAACACUAUUACGAAAAUCAAUGAUUACCUGGCAAAUCUUUAUUCGUAAUGAACGUAUAGCUAAAAAUUUAAAACAUGAACAAGAGGCGACCAAACGAAAGAUCGAUUCGUUUCUGGAUGCUGCCUCAACUGGAAAACUUUGGGGAAAUGAACAACAACAGCAAGAACAUCCGCCAUUUCCAUCACAACCUGCAACGACGAAUUCAACUACGCGUCAACAAUUAAAAACACGACGAGUGUCGAUAGCACCACGUCCGUCGUCUGUAACGUCACGAUCACGCUCAGCAGUACCGGUCGGCGACAAAUCAUCGUUAACAACACGAGCGCAGUCGGAUAUUAAAUUAGAUGAUUUCUUUCAAAUCUCAUCACCGAGAAAUGAACACGAAGAAUUUGAGCAGAAGACAAAUCUGGAAUUGGUAUUGCCAACAGAUACACGGCGUAUGCAUCUCGAUUUCGAUCAAUUAUCAAGUAGUGACGAGGAUUUAAGUAAAAAGAAGCAACGUGAAAGGCGUAUUCGCUCGGAAAUGGCAGAACACAAAUCAGCAACACGCGUAAUGAACACCUUUGAAAAUCGUUAUAAUGCGCAAAUGAAAAUGCUUAAAGAACAGAAUCGUUUACUAAAAGACCAACAAAGAAUGAUUGAAGAACUUAAAUAUCAACAAGAUCAACAGGUUCUGCACAAUCAGCUAUCGAAUCUCGAAGUACUCAAAGCACAACAAACCGAAAUGGAAGAAAAACAACGGAAACAGUUAGUUACUGACCGACGUCAUGCUACUGCUCUUAUUCAAGCACAUAAUCGUGGCGAAUUACAAAAACAAUUGAAUACAAGUCGAUUAGAUAAUCAAACGGUGGUUACUGAUCGGCCGUCGACUAGAGGUGAAAUGAUAUUAUCGAAUAUGGAAGAACGGGCACGCAAACGCUAUGAAAUGAAAACUGAACGUGAAACGAAACGACGAGCGAUGGAAGAAGAAAAAUUAGCGAAAAUACAACAAAUGAUGGAGGAGAAAGUUCGUCAAGAAGAAGAAGAAAAACGCUUGAAAGCGGAAGAAGCACGCGACAAGCGACGCUUGGAAAAAGAACGUGAAGUCGAACGAAAACAAUUCGAAGAACGUUUACGCGUAUUAUCUGAAAAAGCCGAUGCACAUUGCCGACUCUAUCGAAUGCGAUAUUUCGGCAUCAACCCUUUGAAAAAACUGAUAGCUAUUCGUCAUGAACACAUUCAAGUUGCUGAAGAACAUCAUAAUCAUGUUCUUCUCCAACGUACGUUCAAUGUUUGGCAUGAGACCAUUCGACGCGAUAUCGAAAUUAAAACAGCGCGAGCUGAAGAUUUUUAUAAGCGUUUACUCUAUCGUCGAUAUUUUACUUCAUGGCAACGAUACAAGCAACAAACAGAAAUCGCUGAAGAACGUGCCGAAAGACACUACAUGAAUCGUUUAGUAAUCAACACGUUUAAAAUCUGGCAAGAUUAUACUCAAACAGAAAUUCUUCGUCUUUGGCGUUUAGACGAUUUAGCAAGAGAGCAUAAUGUGAAGAGACUUUUGAAAAAUGCUCUUAUCAUUUGGCGACAAUAUCCUGUUGAACGAAAAAAAGAACUUGAACGGGAAAAACGUUUAGCAGACAUGCGUCUUAAAGUUAAAGAUUUGGUACCAGACUAUCGGGGAACAGAAUCUUCAUCUUCAUCACUAACUACCGUUACCAGCAACGUGGUUAGAGUACUGACUCAUCAUGAGAAACGCUUUCAAAAGACUCGUAAAGAGAAAAUUACCGAUUUGAAUCAACUGAAACCGGGUGAUCAUGUGAGUUUCUAUAAAACUGACUUCUACUACGCUCACCAUGGUAUUGUUUGUGAAGCACGAACUAAUUAUCUUCGUGUAAUACAUUAUUUCAAUACAUUAGAACAUGCUCGUACUGCAUUAAUGAAAGGUUCGGUCUACAUAGCAGCAAUUAUUGAAAGCGAAUGGUCGGUAAAUUUGCAGAGCACAAGUGAAGAUGUCUAUUUACAUCAUUACGAUAAUAUUCCGUGUUUCUCAAAUGAAGAAACGUUACAACGAGCGUUUUCUCAGCUUGGCAAACGUGGAUAUUCGUUGAUUGGAAAUAAUUGUGAACAUUGGGCACGAUGGUGUCGGACAGGUGAACAUUACUCAGAACAGAUUAUCAAAUUUCGCAGUUUGGUUAAAGAAAAAUCAGCGACAUUACUAAUUGUCGAUCCGACCGCUUUGAUUGUUAAAGAUAUUGCAAUCGUCGGCGUGCAAACGUUUGGACAGUUUCUUAGUGCGAUUGGAUCUGGACUGAUCUUGACCACGGUCGAAUCGAUUGCAGCAUUUAUUGAUAUAAGAAAAAAGAAAAAUGAACGGAAAAAAGGAAGUUUGAGCGAUGUAGCGUUGAAAAAAUAUGUUGUGCGACGAAUCACAUCAGCAUCGACAACAAUAGCCGGAGGAACAGUUGGAACAGUAGUUGGCACAAUAUUGAUUCCAGUUCCUAUACUUGGUGCCACAGUCGGUGGUAUUGUUGGAAGUGUCGGUGGCAAACUUCUCGGCGGCGUUUCUGGUAUUGCUCUAUCGAAAAUUCUCGAAGUCUACGAGAAAAUCAAAGCAUCGAACAUUAAGAAAAUGACAACAGUGCCACAACUAAUGAGUAACAUAUCACCAGAAAGUCAAUUGAUACGUGGUCUCAUGACAUUGGCACUCGAUCCAGUAGAAGAAAAGCAUAUCGAAAAAGUUGUUCAAGAAGCUAUGGAAGCGACUGCACCGUAUACAUCAUUGUAUCCAUCGCUCGAUGAAUUUUUUCAUGAAAAUGACAAUACAACAAAGGACAAAUAUAAAAAAGUGCAAGAAUUAUCUACGGAACUGUUCACCGAUGAUCAGGGUUCAGUGGAGUAUUUUGUUUUGACACCAUUACCAGAUGAGAAUGCUCCCGAAGAAUUCGCAUCAUCAACAGAUUUACUUGUGUUACGAUGGCCGGGCCACGAAAUGAAACCUUGGGAAACCGACGGAGAGAAAGUUUUAGAUAUCGAUGAAUUAAACAAACGAAAGAGUAAUUGA